ACUGCCGUGACUUCCGUGUUGUUAACAAGCUACAACUGGUCGGCUUCAAGGCCCGGUUUAUUAACUUUAAAGUUUUUUAAACUGUCAGCAACCGACGGGAUUAUCGUGAAUACGGCCCACUGAAACCUUCAAUUCAGUACUCGGGUCUGUAUCGACUGUCUGUAUGUUUUUAUUGAAACGGUUUCUCAUAAAGAAAACAACCAUAAAGAUUUAAGAUCACACGCAGGACACCCUGGAUGGCCCAGGUGGUAACAGUUAACAACCGUUGGGCCAUAUUGUGAAACAUCAGUUUGCAAUGGCCAGUCACUUCCGCAGCUACAUCUGGGACCCCGUCCUCAUUGUGAGUCAGAUUGUGUUGAUGCAGUGCAUCUACUACAGCUUCCUGGGCCUGUGGCUAGCUGGAGUGGACAGUCUGGUGCACACCAAUCGGUCCCUGGAUCAGAUCUUCAGCUAUGGUCAUCUUGGUUUUUCAUCGAUUCAGGGAAGGCUUUCAAUGAUGGCAUUCUUCUUGAAUUCUCUUACCUGCGCCCUCGGCCUGUGGUUCUUCAUCCGUCGGGGGAAACAGUGCCUGGACUUCACAGUCACCGUGCACUUCUUCCAUAUGAUUGGUUGCUGGAUCUAUAAUGCACACCUUCCAGCAGCCCUGUCCUGGUGGCUCGUCAAUAUAGCCUGCAUGGCGCUGAUGGCUGUCCUCGGAGAGUACCUGUGCAUGCGGACUGAGCUCAGGGCCAUCCCAGUCAACACUGGACCCAAAUCUAACCUGUGAACUUUUCUGGACACCACGCUUUGUGGACGUUUAACCCCUGAGGAACUUGCUCGGAAAAAGUUUUUCACAAAUGGAGCACCUUCAUCAUCAAAAUGUUGGAUUGUCAUCUCUUCAAGUGAUUCACCAGAUAAACUGAUCUAUUUAUUCAUGGCUGUCUGCUCAAUGUUGGACAGUAUUAACUCUGUAGCAUAUUAAGAUACAUGUUUUAUUGCUUAUAAAAGCAGACAUCAGUUUACACCUUUCUCUGAACCUAAUGACUCUACACUUUAUUCUUAGUAAUUCCUUUUUUUGUUUUCAUUUUAAGUACAUCAGCAUGAGCAUCUAAUCUGCUCAUUUUAAGAUUUGCGAUAUUUCUUAUUUUUUCCAUUUAUGUGAACAUUGUGAAAUCUGACAAACUUAAAGAAGGGACAAAAAUGCAACUGAAUAGCAACAACAACAGAAAUGAUCCUCUAUCUUUGUGUUGGUGUGAUAACUUGCCUGUUGGGUAUACAAACUUGACCAUCGUGUUCAAGGAUACUGUGGUUUUAAAAUUAAAUAGUUCCAGUCAAAUCUCACUGCAAUUUAGAGAUGAAUGUGUGCAAAGUUACCUACAACAGCAUGUAUUAUGUUUUCUUACAGCUGUGUUUAUAAGCAGAAACUGAUACAUUUCCCCAUUCGAGUUAUUUAAGGUGCUGCUGGAUUGCUUUCUGUUUCCUCAGAGCUGCCAAAAACACAGGACACACUGCAUUUAUUUGCUAAUAAACUGCGUGGUUGGAGAUAUUUAUAACAUA